AAAAUUUUCGUCUGGCAACUCCUCUAUUUCUUCGACAACACGCGACGAUAAUUUUUUGCACGAUUCUGUUUGAUUUCUGGAAAAUCGCUGAAUACAGACCGAAUACCAGGGUGCAGAGCGAGCCAAAAGGAAAACGCGCGAGAUGAGCGAGACCAUUAACACCGCGGCGACCUUCCCGACCUUCGAGAAGCCGACCGUGCAGUUCAACGAGAAGGGCUGGGGCCCCUGCGAGCUGCCCGAUACGUUCAAGGAUGUGCCGUACCAGCCGUUCAGCAAGAACGAUCGCCUGGGCAAGAUCUGCGACUGGACGAGCACCUCGAACAACGACAAGAAGUACCAGAACAAGUACGCCUCCAGCUUCGGCACUGGCAACCAGUACUCGUACUACCAUGAGGAGGACGAGACCACCUUCCACCUGGUGGACACCGCGCGCGUCCAGAAGCCGCCCCAUCAGCGCGGCAGGUUCCGAAACAUGAGGAACUCGCGCUCCGGUCGCGGCAGGAAUGCCCGUGGUGGCCUCAAUACCCACGGCAUGACCACGCUCAGUGGCAAGAACGUGAAGGCCCGGGAUCCGCGUCAUGGCGGUCGCGGCAUGGGCAAGAAGUUCGGCCAUCGCGGACCACCGCCCAAGAUGCGCGAAUCCUCGGUGGCCGUGCGCGCCGACUGGGCGUCCAUCGAGGAGAUGGACUUCCCGCGACUCAUCAAGCUGUCGCUGCCGAACAUCAAGGAGGGCGUCGAUAUCGUCACCUGCGGCACUCUGGAGUACUACGACAAGACCUACGACCGCAUCAACGUGAAGAACGAGAAGCCGCUGCAGAAGAUCGACCGCAUCGUGCACACGGUGACCACCACAGACGAUCCCGUCAUCCGGCGUUUGUCCAAGACCGUCGGCAACGUCUUCGCCACGGACGCCAUCCUGGCCACCAUCAUGUGCUCCACGCGAUCGAACUACUCCUGGGACAUUGUCAUCGAGAAAGUCGGCGACAAGAUCUUCAUGGACAAGCGUGACCACACCGAGUUUGACCUGCUGACCGUGAACGAGAGCAGCGUGGAGCCCCCGACCGACGACGACAGCUCUUGCAACUCGCCCCGCAACCUGGCCAUCGAGGCCACUUUUAUCAACCACAACUUCAGCCAGCAAGUGCUGAAGACCGGCGACCAGGAGGCCAAGUUCAAGUUCGAGGAGGGCAAUCCGUUCAUCAGCGAGGACGAGGAUAUCCAAGUGGCCAGCGUGGGCUAUCGCUACAAGAAGUGGGAGCUGGGAAGCGACAUUGUUCUGGUGGCGCGUUGCGAGCACGAUGGUGUCCUGCAGACGCCCAGCGGCGAGCCGCAGUUCAUGUCCAUCAAGGCGCUCAACGAGUGGGACUCGAAGCUGGCCAACGGCGUGGAGUGGCGUCAGAAGUUGGACACGCAGCGCGGCGCCGUGCUGGCCAACGAGCUGAGGAACAACGCAUGCAAGCUGGCCAAGUGGACCGUGCAGGCUGUGCUGGCCGGGUCCGAUCAGCUGAAGCUAGGCUAUGUGUCGCGUAUUAAUCCGCGAGACCACUCGCGCCAUGUCAUCCUCGGCACGCAGCAGUUCAAGCCGCACGAGUUCGCCACCCAGAUCAACCUGAGCAUGGACAAUGCCUGGGGAGUGCUGCGGUGCAUCAUCGAUCUGGUGAUGAAGCAGAAGGACGGCAAAUACCUGAUCAUGAAGGACCCCAACAAGCCGAUCAUCCGUCUGUACGACAUCCCAGACAACACAUUCGACUCCGAUGACUCGGACGAUGGCGAGGGCGACGACGAAGGGUUCCAGCAGGUCUACAACUACGCGCACAACAAGAUUUGAACGUCACGCCCCCACACUCCAGCAUCCCUUCCCGUCUUGGGCUUGAGCCGCAACCCGCAACCCGCUAAACAUAACCACAACUGAUGUCCUCUGAAGGAAAAGGCCGCCAUCUGGGCCUUAGCUUAAGCAUUUGUAUUCGACUUAAAUUCAGCUAUUUCCUAGUAAAUCACAGAGGGCGAAUCAAA